AUGCUUGUCCCCAACAAACAGUUGAGCCUCGGACGCUCCCACAGUUGGGACACAUUAGGGGGGAAUGAGGGUCAGUGGGACGGGGCUGAAAGUGUCUACGAUCAGCAGGCAAGAGUAGCUGUCCGACGGAGCUCUCUGUCAUACAGGGAGGGAGGAGGGUGGUACGAGCCUCCACCAGGAGUGCAGCAUCCUGAACUGGAUUUAAAACGUGACCCAUAUUCCUACCAAGACUCUCUUUACGGACAGGUUUACGCAGAGCGACAGGACCCACGGGCGCAGAGGAAGAGUUCUGUCCCUGAUCUAAACCACUACGAACGAGCAUCCAUGGCUCACCGAGGAUCCAUCCCUCAUUCGGACUACUAUUCCCAUGACCCAGCCAUGACUCCUCGUCCACCUGAGGGUUUUUAUCGGCCAGAACAACAACCUCCACCGUCUCAUCCUCAUCCAUUGAGUAGGUCAGGUUCUCGUUUUGGAAUGACACCUGGGGCUCGGGCUGUGUGGGAUCAAGGCCAGGGAGGGAGACCUCAAGCCCCUUCAUCACCUCUACCUGCUCCACCUCCACCUCCGUCGGCUCACGAGUUGAGUCGAGCUUAUAGGGAACCUGGUGCUGUAGCUGCAGCCAAAAUGACUCCUGACAGUCAACAGCGCGUACCUUCCCGAGACCCAUCUCCUGCGCAUUAUGGUAUGGAGCAUGCAUCUCCACGGUAUGCCAGUGAGCCUCCACCUCUGACCAGUCAGUCCGUCUACACUGAUGUUAACGGCCGCCCAGUGGAUCCACAGCAGCAUGCUGCUACCUGCCUAGUAGUAGAUCCUACCAGUCAAGGUAUGAUAAUGAGGCAAGAGACAGCCUCACCUUACACUGUGCAACAACAGCAGCAAUUACAACAGCAGCAAAUGCAACAGCAACAAUUGCAGCAGCAGCAGCAACUGCAACAGCAGCAGAUACAACAACAGCAACUUCAGCAACAACAAAUACAACAGCAGCAACUUCAACAGCAACAAUUACAACAGCAGCAGCUUCAGCAGCAGCAAUUGCAGCAACAACAGAUACAACAACAGCAACUACAACAGCAACAGCAGUUUCAGCAACAGCAACUACAGCAAGAUCAAUUGCAACAGCAACUGCAAAUGCAACCUCCACCAACCAUGCCAGUUGCUGACCCUAACUUGGCAAUGACAUCUCCACUUCCUGCUCCACCUACGCCAGUGCAGACCGCAGUAGUUGCCAUAGCUGCGCCUGUACCAGUGCCAGUGCAGGUGGCUCAAAUUGCAGCACCCCCUCCCCCAGUUACGCCACUUCCUGCUGCACUUCCUGCUCUUCCCCCAACUGCUCCACAGACACCAUUGCCUGUGGACCCCAAGAAGACGGUUGAUCUUGAGUUUCUUGCUUUGCUGCGAAACGAGGGCCUCUCUGAGAGCACGAUCUCCUCAGUUAUCCAACAGGGUUUUGACUCCACCAGCAUGCUGGCUGUAAUGGAGGAAAAUGAUGUCCGCACCGUCGCCCCAAACCUUGGCCAAGCUCGCGUGUUGUCUCGCUUGGUUCACAACUGCAAGCGACCCGUUGAAGCUACGCCAGCCCCCUCCCAACCUCAAACACCAAUGCGAGGCCGCUCUAAUAGCUUUAGCCAUCGCUCAGAUGUCUACCAUCACCAGCAGCCGUUGCAUCAUCCAAUGCACCCUCCACAGGCUUUGACCGUGGAUCCCCAUAUGAUGCCCCCACAGACGCCUGGGGCCAUGCAGACCAUCUCCCCAAGGAUGGGAGAAGCAAUGGGUAGAAGGCCUAGUAGUGCUCCUUCUCAGCACCUCCUGGAAGCCACUGGAGCCUACCCAGGCCAACCACCACGCUCCCCAGGACCAUACGCUGGAGCCAUUGUGCCUGUUCAACAAAGACCCAUGUCUGCCUACUCUUCUGGGAUGACAAUGCCAGGGAUGCCCAUGCAGGGUAUGCAGAUAAUGCCACAGCAAAUGACAGGGUCAAUGCCUGCAAUACCAGGCUCCAUGCACCACAUGCCAGGUAUGCCACAGCAGAUGCCUGUAUCCAUGCCAGCUUUACAACAGCCACCCCAACAGGUACCGAAAGCUUACUCUACCAACUACACAGUGCCCAUGGAGCUGAUGAAGAGGGACAGGAACUUAAUGCCACUGUCACCCAUGCACAGCCCUCACCCAAGUCCUCAGCUGAUACGUAAGGGUGGACCUACUUCUGACAACGCUCUCGUCCUUAUGGGACCACCUGGCCCCAGCCAAGGUGCCAUGGUUGCUAACCAGAAGCUGAGCCGCCGCACAGGUCCACCAGUCAUUGUGUCCACUAUGGCGUCUCCAGAUACAAGUAUUCGGCCCCAGAUUAUGAAUGGGCCUAUGCAUCCGCGCCCCCUGGUGGCGCUGCUGGAUGGGCGCGACUGCACUGUGGAGAUGCCCAUCCUCAAAGAUCUGGCAACAGUGGCUUUCUGCGACGCCCAGUCCACGCAGGAGAUACACGAAAAGGUUUUGAAUGAAGCUGUAGGGGCCAUGAUGUACCACACCAUCACCUUGACCAGAGAGGACUUGGAGAAGUUCAAAGCGCUGCGCAUCAUCAUCCGCAUCGGCAGCGGUUAUGACAACAUCGACAUCAAGGCUGCAGGGGAGCUCGGUAUUGCAGUGUGUAAUAUCCCCUCAGCGGCUGUAGAAGAAACAGCAGACUCAACUCUCUGUCACAUUCUCAACCUGUAUCGGCGAAACACCUGGCUGUACCAGGCUCUCCGGGAGGGCACGCGGGUCCAGAGCGUGGAGCAGAUCCGGGAGGUGGCAUCUGGGGCAGCCAGGAUCCGAGGAGAGACGCUUGGCCUCAUUGGAUUUGGUCGCUCUGGCCAGGCAGUGGCAAUGCGCGCCAAGGCGUUCGGCUUCAACGUGAUCUUCUACGACCCCUACCUCCAGGAUGGCUUGGAGCGCUCACUAGGUGUUCAGCGAGUCUACACGCUUCAGGACCUGCUCUACCAGAGCGACUGCGUGUCCCUGCACUGCAACCUGAACGAACACAACCAUCACCUCAUCAACGACUUCACCAUCAAACAGAUGCGUCAAGGUGCGUUCCUGGUCAACUCGGCACGAGGCGGUCUGGUGGAUGAGAAAGCUUUGGCUCAGGCCCUAAAAGAAGGCAGGAUACGGGGAGCCGCCCUGGACGUCCAUGAGUCAGAGCCUUUCAGUUUUUCCCAAGGUCCUCUAAAAGAUGCCCCCAACUUGAUCUGCACACCCCACACUGCCUGGUACAGCGAGCAGGCUUCUCUGGAGAUGAGAGAGGCCGCUGCCACAGAAAUACGCAGAGCAAUCACCGGCCGUAUUCCUGACAGCCUCAGAAACUGCGUCAACAAAGAGUUCUUCAUCACCUCAGCACCUUGGGGGAUGAUGGAGCAGCAGCCUCAAGUCCACCCUGAGAUCAACGGUGCCGCCUACAGCCGAGUGAACCAAACCAUGGUACAGGCCAUAGCAACGGGGGGAAUGCAGGACAAAUUAUAUACCUAAUUCUCAACCAGGUUCCCUCCUGGUGUGAUGGGCAUCGCCCCUGGUGGGAUUCCCGGGCCUAUGGAGGGGUUGGUUCCUGGGGGAGGAGUGCAAAUUGCCCACACCUUGCCCCCUGGUAC